ACCUAGGUGGCCCUGGCGGCGGAUGGAACGAGUCGUCAAACAGCGUUUCGGCUCGAUCGUCCUCGGUCGGCGCGUCCCUGGUCAAAGGUGGCUUAGGGGGAAUCGGUUGCAGUCCUGAAAAUCAGACUCACGGCAACGGAGGAUUCGGUGGCGGAGGUGGUGGAUGUCUCACAGGAGGCGGUGGCGGUGGUUACAUAGGUGGUAACACCGGACACAAGGAACUGGGUAACGGUGAAGGCGGUUACUCCUACGCUACCAACAAACUUACGCACGUUCACUUCCAGCCAGCGAUAAACCACGGACCUGGCGAAGUUUACAUCAUUCCAGCUAUCAGCGGUUGCGGUUGCGAUUUUCGUUGCGUCUCUCUCGAUCGGCAUCUCAGCGAGACAAAGUGUCUCUGCCCUCCAGGCUGGUUCUUGAGCAACGAUUCGAUAUCUUGCGUUAUGGCCAACGAAUCAAAGGUCACGCAUCAAACGUACAUGAUUUUACUGAUAGCUGCAAGCAUUGGCCUACUCUUUGCUUUCACCGCCGUUUGCCUACUACUUUAUAAUCGUUAUCAAAGUCGAAAGGCGCUUCUACAACGACGACAAGUAAUGUUUGGCAACGGUACCGAAUUAACCUCUCUGCGCGCCGUUUCCGACACCAUGAUGACCGAGUUCAAUCCCAAUUACGAGUUUGCUGGGAACCUCUACAGCUUCAAAGAUUUGCCGCAAAUACCUCGCGAGUGUAUCACUUUGGUAAAACCCCUUGGCCAAGGUGCUUUCGGCGAAGUGUUUCAAGGCGUGUACAAAUACAGACGCAACGAAGAACACCCCAUCGCCGUCAAGACCAUACCCUCCUUGUCCAUGCCUCAAACCGAAGCAGAUUUCAUGAUGGAAGCGCUGAUUAUGAGCAAGUUUAAUCACCCUAACAUCGUACAUUUUAUCGGCGUGUCUUUCGACAAGAAUCCAAAAUACAUUGUGUUGGAACUGCUUGCCGGCGGGAAUUUGAAGAAUUUUCUUCGAGAGGAAAGACCACGCGCGGACCGGCCGACGUCGUUGACGAUGCAGGAUCUGAUAAUGUGCGGCUACGACGUGGCCAAUGGUUGCAAGUACAUGGAGGAGGCCCGGUUCAUUCAUCGAGACAUCGCUGCCAGAAACUGUUUGCUCACGUGCAAAGGACCCGGCCGGGUAGUGAAAAUUGCCGACUUCGGGAUGGCCAAGGACAUUUACAGAAGCGACUACUACAGGAAGGGAGGCAAGGCCAUGUUGCCGAUCAAGUGGAUGCCACCGGAGAGUUUCUUGGACGGGAUAUUCACUACCAAGACCGACGUCUGGGCAUUUGGCGUACUACUGUGGGAAAUUAUGUCCUUUGGCUAUAUACCUUACACCGGUUGUACCAACAGGGAAGCUAUGGCGAUGGUAACGUUGGGGGGCCGUCUGGAAAAACCAGCGGGAUGCCCCGACCCGAUUUAUGGAAUAAUGACACGAUGUUGGCACUCGCGACCCGAGGACCGGCCUAGCUUCGCCACUAUCGUCGAGAGAAUUGGUUACUGUUUACAGGACCCUGACGUGAUAAAACAUCCAACGCCAAAUUUCGAUAUUUUACCAAUCUGCGAGCGUGAAGUCAGCAUCGUGAGACCAGAUCCGGAAACAGAAUGCAUCAACGUGCAGUCGGAACUGGACGCAUGUGGUUACAUGCAACCCAGAAUUAUCGAUCCGCGAUCGGCUAGUCAACGUAUGGCUCAAGCUAUUGCCGGCAAUAACCCUAACGCCAGAAACGAAAAUUUCGCCAACCGAACGAAUUCGAACGAAAGAAAUAACGUGCCACCGACAGAGAUCCGAAAUCCGUAUGGCCCUACGUCCGACACAACCGAACAAACCGUUGGCGGGAACGCGAGUCGCGACGAUUUCAAUCACGAGAAUGAUCAUACAGAGAAGAAACACAACGCCGACAGCUCGAACCGGGAUGAGAAAAGCGUACAUCGAACUUCAACGGACAUCGAAAAUAGUGGUAAGUUAAAAAUCGCAGACAAUGGAAACAACCGUCCAACAGAUAUCGAGUGUCGUCGAAGCAGCACGGCCGAGGUGACGGACGUGGAUAAAAGAAACGGCAACGAGAGCGUGACCACCACCGACACCAACUCGGACUCUCUGAUCGUUGCUUCCUCCGAUACGCCGCCAGACACGACGAAUUCGUCACCCAACACACGUACCUGCUCCCCUAGUCACGCUGGCCUAAAUACGAAUGCCACUAACGUAAAUGGAAUGUUAAAGAAAAACGCGCUAAAGGCCGCUCUCAGUUUGGAUCCGAGCGCUCUCUGCCGUGGAACGAUACCGUACGAAAAGAUAGCCUUCUCGCCGCCGCCGCAGCGUUCCAGUACUCCCGGCAGCAUGGAGAUCAAGAAGGUAAAAUUUUUUUAAAAUUUUUCUUCCG